AUGUCUUCAAGCAAGAUGGUAGAGUGCAGGAUAUGCCAUGAUGAAGAUUUGGAUUCAACUAUGGAGACUCCUUGCUCUUGCCGUGGUACCUUGAAGUAUGCACAUAGGCGAUGUGUGCAAAGGUGGUGCCAUGCAAAGGGUGACACUGUAUGUGAGAUUUGCCACCAGCCUUUCAAGCCUGACUAUAAAGCACCUCCUCGUAUUCAUUGCUAUGGGACCUUAAGGAGAAGUGCGUUCUACCAGAGAAGGCGACCCGACAGUGUCGCCAUCUCCGUCGAACGGAGAUGGAGACCAUUUUUUAUCUCCAUCUCUGUCGAACUGGAGAUGGAGGCCAUUUUGGUCUCUAUCUCCGUCGAACUGGAGAUGGAGACAAAACUGGUCUCCAACUCCGUUCAACUGGAGAUGGAGACCAUUUUUGGUCUUCAUCUCCAGUUCGACGGAGAUGGCAACACUGCCGGUUAA